GCGACUCGAGCCUUACACGUUUAACUCUCUCACUGGACAGAGCAUCCGGGCCAUUUUGUUGUAAACAUCACACUGCGUUGUUUUUGUUUUUUUUGUUUUGUUUUGUUUUUUUGUUGUGCUUUUGCUGUAGCUGUUGCAUUAACAAGGAGGAGGCCGUGGAGUGAUAGCAGCACAGCUCCCCCAACACUGCUGCGCAUAAGACCGAGGCACAGGAUAUUAUAUUAUUGGGAUUGGUGGUGUGCUGCAUUGCGAGACUCACUAACUAGAUGCAAGAAUGUGCAGUGAUAGGAGAGGCAGUGAGUGCAGGGGACAGAGAGAAACCGUAACGGAUCCCUCAGAGCUUCUCCAGUUCAAGCAUUUGAUAUUUUUUUCUUUCUAUUUAAGGCGAGAGCAGGGCCCGCUGCCUCUGGGUUAGGUGGGACACACGGUCACAAGUGACGAGCCCGGCUAUCAAAUAUCGGCUGACUUGCAUAUCCUUCCCAAACCAAUGUUUAAAUGAACGCUGAUGUGCUCACAUAACACAUCAUUGGCAAAUUUGGAGCACGCGACUCGCACCGUUCAGCACGCAUGUGCAAGCUGCUGUAACCCUGCACCUUUUUUUUUUUUUUUUUUUUUUUUGGGUUAAUCCUUAACCUCACCUCAUGAAUUAUUAAUCAGUGAAGCCCGUGUAUUCUGUGUUAUUUGGACUCUUAUGAAUUAUUUUAUUGUCUGUGCGUCGUUUGACAGAAGGACGUAUGCCAAGUCAGCGACAAAGCAAAGAGGCGCAUGUUGGAAUAUUCACAUUAUUUAAUGACUUUAAACCACCACAGCCUCAUAUUUUGCGUAAUAUUUUGCCGUACGUUCAUUUAUUGUAUGUCUAUUUUUUCCAAUCGAGACUUAUUCGUUUAAGUGAAGUAUGUGAGUUCAAUAUCAAGUUCAAACCCACCGUAACUCUGCGUCUGAACUUGAGUGCAUUGACGGCGGCGUACGUGUGUGCUCGGUUAUAGUUAAGAUUUCUAUUUACUAAUUCCGGCUCAGUGAUUCGUCAAACUAUUUGUUCUUGACGUCGUGUGAGUUUUUUUUUUUUUUUAAACUCUAAUAAUUGAGACAUGAACAGCUCUCAAGCUGAGUAACGACAACUUGAGAUUCAUUAAUUGAUUUUGUCUUCCUUUUUAUACAGUCGAGUGUGGGCUGCUGCUGGAUUAUGAAUUUAUAAAGAGGACAGUGGGAUUGCUAAAAUUCUUGCAGGACUUGUAUAACAUAAUAUAGAAAGCUAUAAACGAAUUGGAAAGUCUUCCUAGAUUUAUUUUCCUAUUAAUGAGGAGUCUGUGGAGCCGGGAGUGGAAUGCGAAAGGCGUAGUCAUAUGACUAUGGUUGGGGAUGGUGGUGAAACAAAUUGACAACCAAAUAAAGACCAAAUUAGAAUUAAUUCCUGAAUCAUGUGAGUAUCAUGAAAGAGUUUUUUGGAGAAAAAGUACACUGUGGAUUCUCUGAACGGUAUUUUUGUUGAUUAGAUUAAAAAAAAAGAAAAAGAGGCCUUUUUGUCACAACAGGAGCAUGACUUCCGUGUCAAUUAUUAGUUCAGUGUCUUUGGAGAUGCAUGCACAAAUCAACUAAUUAGCGGGAUAUAAAGCGGGGAGACUCUCUGCUGGUUGAAUCAGUUAAGUGCCCUCUGAUAUCCUGUAAAAUUCAUAUAAAAGAAUUGUGAGAGGUAUAACAAUCCCACCAGAGUUUGGCUGCGAACGUUUAUUGGCGGUAUCUGUUAAAGUUGUUCAUGUGAGGUGUACUAGAGAAUAUUAUGUGAAAUAUACCCUCUUAAAGUAACCUUGUAGAAUAUCGUCCUCUUUUUUACAGAGCCAGUGGCUUCAACCUGCUGACCCCGUUACUGUAAAUACGAGUAGAGUGCGGCAAUGAGCAUCAGUCUUUUCUUAAAACAAGCUUGUAAAAUUGGGACAUCACAGCUUUAUGUGACAUGGAAUUCAACCAUAAUUUGCUAGAAAACAAGAUGUCAUAUGCACCCUCUCCUGCAAGAAAAAUAGUUUUCAUAAGAAAUAGCAUUUAAAAAAACUUUUGCCAGCUUAUAAAGAUAUUAAACGAGGCCAUGGACAGUUCCACGAGUGUAAAAGGAGAAGCAGCCGGGGCUCCUUUUGGACUCCGCAGGACUCGAGUGAAGAAAAACAAGAUUCUACAUUUUUAAUAAAAGGUUUAUAGUAUUUUUAAAAAGCAUAUAAACCUCUGUAAUACAGAAGUUAAUGUUUUGUUUUGUCUGAGAUGGACCGAGUGGGUGGUACCAUGUGUAGCAGAAGUUAGCCUGGACACGUGGUUUGAGGAUGACCAAUCAGGCGCCCCUCCAGGUUUAACUAUGUUAAAUGUCAGAUUGCAAUAAACUAGAAGCUGUUGGUCGGGCCCGCGGAAAUGGGCGAGCAUAAUCUCCUUAAUCCAGGGUUUGUGGGACCUUUGGUAAACAUCCACACUGGAGACACGUUUUACUUUCCGAAUUUUAGAGCCUCAGGGGGACAACUGGCGGGGCUACCGUCGCUCUCCUACCCGAGAAGGGACAAUGUUUGCUCCCUCCCGUGGAAUCCUUCGGAGCCGUGCAAUGGAUACUCUCAAUCCUACUUUAGCAGCCCCGUGUCUAUUAACCCCUCUUUCAGUCGGUCGUGUGAAAUUACCAGACCAGACGAGGGUAAAUGUUACUAUAACAACGGCAACGGGAACAGGGAGACCUGCUCAGGUGGCAGCAGCCUCAAACGAGAGGACAGGGCGAGAGACACACCAUCAUUAACAUCUGACCACGGGAUGCACGGUGGAAUUGGCAGCACUGUCGCCUUUUCCAAAUAUGAUUAUGGGACCGAGCAGCUAACACAAGACCCGCCGUCCUGUCAGUCAAUGGAGUCCGACUCCAGCUCCUCUCUGCUCAACGAGGGCAGCAAGCCUUCAUCCAGCGACACACAGACCCUGGUGUCACCGGGAAGCCAUACGGGCAACAUAGCAGCAGGCGGAGCUGCCCCGUGGUACCCGAUGCACACUCGGACCAGAAAGAAGCGUAAACCCUAUUCCAAACUUCAGCUGGCAGAGCUAGAGGGUGAAUUCAUGAUGAACGAGUUCAUCACCAGGCAGCGGCGGAGGGAGCUCUCCGACCGGCUGAACCUCAGCGACCAACAAGUCAAGAUCUGGUUCCAGAACCGCAGGAUGAAGAAGAAGAGACUCAUGCUGAGGGAGCAAGCUUUGGCCUACUUUUAGAGAUGCGGCAGAAGGUGAAUCGAUAGGCAGUUAAAAGCCCAGCCUUCUGCGCUCCCUUAGGUCUUCUUUCAAUGCAUGCACUCAUCUAUCCAUCUUUUACAUUGCAGCAAUUAUGACAAUAUUUUUCUGAUAUAUAUUUUUUUUGUUCUCUCAAAGGUGCGGGCCACACAAGCCCAUAAACAAGCCACUAACUGGCACACAAAGCUGUAUUCUCCAUGUCAAAUAAGACUGCCUUCAUGUUUGGUAUUAUCGCACAAAAGCUGUGAGAAUGUGUUUUCUGUGUGGGUUUGCAUCUCUUGUUUUUAUUUUUUUUAUUCCCUGAUUUCGUCAAGAGAUCCGCCUACGCCCUAACUGUAAACCACGCGAAAUAUGUCAUCCAGGCAAUAGCUCUAUUUUUGGGGAUGACACACAUUUACAGCAUUAUUUUUCUUUUUUUGUUUGUUUGGUUCCAUUUUUAGUCAGAGAAAAAAAUGAGGAGGGAGCGAGGUCACUUGGGGAAAAUUUCCCCCCCAAAAAAUAAGGCCUUAAAAUAUCAGUGAAGUCAGACAAACACAGAGAAAUGCAGACUGACAGGCUGGAACCGCAUCCGCGCAAUAACAUCUGAGGUUAUGAGCUGAUAGAGAAGAAUCUCCCUCCCGGUUGCUCAAUACUUCUUUUGUUUGGUUAGAGGAAACGUCGCCUUAUCGCCUUUUCUUUUAGUUUUCAAACACGCGUUGUGGGCACGUUCACGGUCACGGGCAGGAAGUCUGGAGGUCUGGGGAGUCUGCAGGAGGAGAAGGGAGGACUGGAGCCGCAAUGUGAUCCAUAUCGAUAACUUUAUGAAUGCGCGUCGACUGAAAAUGAUCGGCCAUGACUUCGUUCACGUGCUAACGAGUUUAUAAAGGUUUUUUUUUUUUUUUUUUUUUUUUGUCACGUUAAUUACCUUUUCAACUUGUCUUAACAACAACCACAGAGGUCCUGCAUGGGGUGGCGUUCCUCCAGUUGAAUGAGAUCACCGUCUGUAGACGGUUCUGAGCUGCUAAUACAAAGUUGUGCCAGUUAUUAAGUAAAACAAAGAUUUAAAAAAAAUGAAUAAAUAAAAAAAAAAAGGAAAAAGAACAUUAUUCCACACAAUCAACUCUCGAAUCUGUAAAGGAAAUAUUCACCCCGUACAUUUGUACAUUUUUCGGCCCACUUGGUUAAACAAGGGGAGCCGCCUGAAGUUGCAACUGGGAGGAGGAGGAGAAUUAGGUGGAGGACAAGUUUUUAGGCCUGGAGGAGCAUUUCUGAAACUUGGUGCUCAAAAAUAAAUAUGUAGAAAUUUAGAAGAAAAAAAAAAGUUGAUCACAGGCCCACGUGCGUGCUCCCUUAAUUUCGUGGUGGGGGGGAAUGCGGUGCAUCAUCUUGUCAUGUAUAACGAGUAAGCUAUAGCAGUGAAAUGUAUUUGCAAGCAUGUUAUUGAUGUGAAAUAGCUAUAAGUCAUGUUCUGCGGGCCACUUUUUUCUGUAGGUGACUUUUUUAUACAAUUUUUGUUUCCGAGGAAAAUCAAAAGCGAACGCCAUCUAAAGCAUUUUUGACACAAACGUCUACAAAGAAUGUAUUAUUAUUAUUAUUAUUAUUAUUAUUAUUAUUAGGGUGGAAGGACGGAGGGCCAUUCAGGCCUAUAAUGUACUUGCUCCUUGCAACGUGCUCAGUGUUGUCCCUUUCCUUACCUUGUACUCGUGUAUAACUUUGUAAAAUGAACCCACAUAUAUGUUACUGUUUGCGUCCUAUUUCAGGAUGUCCUUAUCGCUAUGUAAUAGUGCUUUAUGUUAUUGAUCGUCUUGUACAAUAUCGCAUUCCACAUAGCCUAUUUGUGGUUCUAAGAAGUUGGAAAAAUGUAUAGGCCUAUUAUGUUAUACUGCCAAGAAUGGAUAUAAGAAAUGAUAUACAAGAAAUUUUACAAUACAUGACAUUUAAAAGAAACCCUGUUUCUGUGUAAUAGUUGUUUGUUCACGUUCUUUUACUUCGUCCCUCAUUGCAUUCCCUUCUUUGCGCUUGUAAGGAUUGCUACGUUGUCUUGUAAAAGUAAUAAUGAUAUGAAUGUAUAUGCGUAAGGUCUUCAAUAAACAGAAUAUUGAAACGUU